GGGAGAGGCGCCGCGUUUGCUGUGUCACCGAUGUCCGUCCAUUGAGAGUGGCGGUUGGGGGGGAGGGCGGUAUACGGGCACACAGGGGCUCAUUGUGUCCUGACAUCACGAGUUGGAGCCGGGGAGCCGCCAUUGGGGCCGGGCCGUGUUAUCCCUUUAAGCUGUAUGGAUGGCCACAUCAUCGCAGCAUGAGAGCCCAGGCCUAGCUGCUGACCCCUGUAUGUAUGAAAACAGUGAGGGGCCACAAGGGUCCGGAGCCGUGGACGACGCUCCUCAAACGCAGCCUCCCGGCGUCAACUGCGCGCCGACGGCGUCCACCGCCGAGCACCCGACGUCCAGAAACGGCGUUGAGGUGCAGCCAACCGGCAGCCAUGAAGCCACUGCUAGUCCACAGGGGGCCGAUGAACCGCGCCUGACCGGCCGAGGGAUGAAAUCGUCUCGGCUCAUCGUGGACACCGACCUUCUCAUCAGCGAGGUGAAGAAACGCCCGUCCGUGUACGACCAACAGGAGGACGACUACAGCGACCGCACCAAGAAACAGAAGUGCUGGGAGGAGAUCUGCGCCGUCCUGGUGUCAGGCUGGGAGGAGUGCACACAGCUGGAGAAGGGCCGCAAGGCCAAAGAGAUCCAGACACGAUGGAGGUCGCUGAAAGAUUGCUUCCGGAGGGAGCUGCACCUACAGAAGAAAGAAUCCCGGGGCGGCUCUUCUCCGGCUAAAAGGAAACGCUACAUGUUCUAUGAUCAGCUUACCUUCCUGGAGCCCAUGUUGAUGCGAAGAUCCACUUCUGGAAAAGCCUCAGACACGGCAGAGAGCCCCAAGUCGGAAGGCAGCGAUUCUGAGCCACCCCAGAGCCCUCUACCAGAACGUAUUCCACAAGUAUCGGACACGCCGCGACCCAAGAAGACCAAAGGAGGGGCCAAAGGUUUGGGGGAUUUCGAAAGCCAAAUCAUAGACAUGGUCGAUUGUCUUAAGAAAAGAAGAGACCACGAGGCUGACGAAGAUUACAAUUUUGUCCAAUCUCUGAUUCCAUACUUGAAGAAAGUGCCAGAACAGAAGAAGAUUGACCUGCAAAUAGACAUGCUAAGGCUGGUGAAGAGAUACGUACAGCCAGCAUCCCAUGGGGCACGUGACGGAAUAGAGCGCGGUCAGCACCAAUAAUGUGAAUGGACCCAACGGUGUCACUGCAGCUAAUACUUUCUGUAUCAUUUGAUGGGAAGCGUUGGAGAGAAGCACCCUUUCCCUGACUCUUGGACAGCAUGCCACAGGUGUCUUAAAAUGACAAAAAGUCAGAACGACAUUCUCGCUCUUGGGUUUCUCACCUCUAGCGGAGCAGCUAUUAGUCUUACAUUUACAGGUUGAGUUCUCCUAUGUGGCAAGAGCGUGGUGAAAGUGUACCAGCUUGACCUGUGCUAAGAGAGCGGAACAAAAAAAGUUGUCUUUGAAUCCAAAACGCACACAAAAAAAUAAAUAAUAAUUUAGUAAGCAUUUGUAGUUCUAACCUAAAUACUCACACCGUCUCCUUGAAUAAAACAAUUGCCUAGAGAUGAAGCCUUGAUCUAUUCCCUUUGUUUUCUUUGUGAAUGCAUCAAUUAUUCCAAAUGUUUUAUGCAACUUCUGAACUGUCAGCUAACCUUCAGAGGUUUCUUUGCAAAAUACUGAGGCCAAAAUAAAUGAGCAAAUUAAUUAUUCCA